AUGAAGGCUUCGUCAAGCAUGGACGAGAAGCCAGUGCUCGGGGCCACAUCUGGACGCCGUCACGAGGAACCGCGUUCACUCCGGAUGGCCGUCUUCAAAACCAUAGCUGCUGGUCUUCUAUGCUACGGAUAUCUGUAUUGCCAGCCCAUUCUAAUGCCCCACAACCCUCUGAGGCCUCAGCUGAGUGGUGCAGCGAAGAUACUCGAAGAUAACCCUCUUAUCGAUGGCCACAAUGACAUGUUGAUUCUCAUUAGAUCAAUAUGGCACAACCACGUAUACGGUGCCAAUUUCACGGAGCAAUUCGAAGAGGGAGGUAUGCCUGGCCACUUUGACCUCCCCCGGGCCGACAAAGGCCAGCUCGGGGGCACGUUCUGGUCGGCUUGGGUCCCGUGCCCGAAGGAUGGACUGGAUUUUUCAGAUGCCGCCUACGCCCCGUUUGUCAAGGCGACACUGGAGCAGAUCGAUCUCUUCAACCGGCUGGCUGAGACAUACCCAAAGUACUUCACAAUAUCCCGCACUGCCAAAGAGGCGGAGGAGAACUGGCUGCAGGGCAAGCUCAUCUCGCCUUUGAUCAUCGAAGGCUUGCAUCAGAUUGGCAAUUCACUUUCUACCUUGAGACUGUACCACCAGCUCGGCAUUCGAUAUGCUACGCUAAAUUGGAAUUGCCACAACAAAUACUCUGAUGCCGCUGUCGUCAGUAUCGACGGCCAAAGUCAGGCCUCGACACCCUAUCAUGGUGGAGUCAGCGAAGCAGGCCAUGAGCUGAUCCUCGAGAUGAAUCGUCUCGGUAUGAUGGUAGACCUCAGCCACGUCAGCGUCGACACCAUGCGCGAUGUUCUCGGAGGCAGUCCAGAGAAAGGUUGGAACGGCAGCCAGGCCCCGCCGAUCUUCAGCCAUUCGAGCGCCAAAGCCAUCUGCCCGCACCCUCGCAACGUUCCGGAUGACAUUUUGCAGCUAGUCAAAGAACGCAGUUCCGUGGUCAUGGUCAACUUCGCCCCGGAAUUUGUCUCCUGCCGAGAUGUCGGCGCUCCAACUGGUCUACCCGAGUUCGUGGAGGAGACCAAUACACUGGAGCAUGUGGUCAAGCAUAUCAUGCAUAUCGGCGAGCUGAUCGGCUACGACCAUGUUGGCCUGGGAUCAGACUUCGAUGGCAUUUUCAGCACUCCACGAGGACUGGAGGAUGUCUCGAAGUUCCCAGAUCUCAUUGAUGCCCUUCUAGAAAAAGGCGUGAGCGAGAAGGACGCGGCAAAGGUGGCUGGCCGCAACAUCUUGCGUGUAUGGCACGAAGUGGAUAGGGUAGCGUCCAGACUGCAAGAAGAAAUGGAUCCCGUGGAGGAUGAUCUGUUGGCCAAAAUCUUUCCUGGAGAUGGUGCUUUAAUCGGUCUUGAGGCAGAAAGAUGA